AGCCAAACCCUCCAUAAAUCUAACACAACUCAACGAACAGUGGCCGGCCGAGCUGGUGACAGAUCCGAAAGAUUCUGUUCCCAAACUACGCCCGGUGCUGCUCGCCAAACGGCCACCAAAACCACACCUAAACCGUCCCUUUUUGUAUGCAUCUCCUGCUCUUCCCCAUAAACCAAAUCAUUUUGUCAAAGAAACAAGCAAAAAGAAAACUUCUCUCUCUCUCGGUCGUUCGUCUCCGGCCUCCACAUCUCACAAUGUGCGGUGGCUGCCGCCGCCGUCAACGCGGUCCCGACGGGAGGGUCACCGGCGGCGGCCGGGGCUGCGGGGUCGUGCUCGCCGUGCUGGCCCUGGCGGCCGCCGCAGCGGUCGCGUUCCUGGAGGGCACGGCCGGCGGGGUCUCAUACGAGGGCGAGAGCUGGUUCCACGAGUGCGCCAAGUGGGACGCCGAGGGCGGGCGGUUCCUGGCGUCCACCUUCUUCGGCGGCGGCGUCGCGGAGGUGCGCACCGGCGAGGAGGCGGAGCGGGUGGUCGUGGCGGACCCCGACGCGGCCGGGAGAGUCGCGCUGGGGCUCGCCAUUGACGCGCCGAGGCGGCGCGUGCUCGUAGUCUACGCCGACCGGCCGCCGCGGUUUGGGUACGCCGCGCUGGGCGCCUACGAGCUCGGCUCGUGGCGACGCCUCUUCCUCACCCGCCUCGAAGCGCCAGGCGAGUCCACGUUCGCCGACGACGUCGCCGCCGACGAGGACGGCAACGCCUACGUGACCGACGCCAGGGGCAGCAAGAUUUGGAAGGUCAGCCCGGGCGGCGAGCUACUCGGCGUCAUCAAGAACGCCACGUUUGUUCAGCGACCGGGGCCGCUGAACAACUUCGUUGGCCUGAACGGCAUCGUGUACCACCCGAACGGCUACCUCCUCAUCGUCCACACCUCCGGCGGCGACCUCUUCAAGGUCGACCCGAAGACGGAGACCGUGCACGUCGUCAAGGUGCAGGGGUCGCUGAAGAGAGGGGACGGGCUGGAGCUGCUCUCCCCGACGAGGCUGGCGGUCGCCGGCAUGCCGAGCCGGCUCGUCGAGAGCUCCGACGACUGGGAGACCGCGAGCGUGACCGGGCGGUACGUCGGGCCGAUCCACCGGAUCGGGGCGUCGGUGACGGUGAAGGACGGGGACGUGUACGUUAACCAUAUUCUCGGGUUUGGGCUCGGCAAGAAGAAGACGCAUGUCAUUGCCAGGGCGGUGUUCUCGCCGUUGGCCGCGGCGAGUUAACUGCGCCUCCGCUGCUUAUGCUGCAGUUUAUAGUUACAAAUUAUACCGCAGUAUGAUAUAGAUGCUCCUACUUUUCUUUGUAUAAUUAUUCUGUUGUUUGAUGCUGCACAAUUGGUAUGAAUGCGUGCGAAAUUGCGAAUGAUGUUUAUGAAUC